ACACAGUGGAUCACCGAUCUAUGGAAAGAGCUAAAAGAUGUCGGCUCGGUCAUGUGAUCAGCUGUGUCCAAUCACAGCUGAUCACAUGGGACAUGUACACUGAUCAUCAGGGCACUGAUGAUCAGUGUGCCCUGAUGAUCAGUGUGGCCCCAGAAGUGCCACCUGUCAGUGUCCAUCAGUGCCAGCUGCCAGUGCUGAACAGUGCCAGUGCCACAUCAAUGCCACAUAUCAGUGCCUACCAGUGCACAUCAAUGCCACAUAUCAGUGCCCAUCUGAGCUGUCUUUCAGUGUCACCCAUCAGUGCCAGUCAGUGCCACCUAUCAGUG